UGACUUCGAGCCGGUACUCCAACGCGCAUGCGCGCUCAGUAUGCUCGCGCGCACGUCUCACUCAAGUCUUGUGCCCACGUGACCAAUUUUUUUAUUAAUCUAUGAUUUUAUCAGUUUAAUUUUAUAGUGUUUGUUAUUGAAAAUAUAGUGUCAUUAUGGAUCGAAUAAAUUUCACAGUUAAUGGAGAUCGAUAUUCUUUAACGGGUACUGAAGUGAGUCCAGAAACGACUCUGAACGAUUACCUGAGGAAUUACCUGCAGCUGUAUGGCACCAAGGCGAUGUGCCACGAGGGAGGCUGCGGCGCAUGCGUGGUGUCCGUCUCGCAGGUCCACCCUGCUACUAAGGAGAAACAUGUGUUCUCUGUCAAUUCUUGUUUAGUCCACAUACUGUCCUGCCACGAUUGGGAUAUAACCACGGUCGAGGGUAUAGGGAACCGCAAAGAUGGCUACCAUGCCAUCCAAGACCGCUUGGCGACGUUCAACGGAACCCAGUGCGGUUACUGCACUCCAGGGUGGAUCAUGAAUAUGUACAGCCUGGACAAGUCUACCAAGAACCUGACGACUCAGCAGGUGGAGAACUCGUUCGGUGGCAACAUGUGCCGCUGCACCGGCUACCGACCGAUCCUGGACGCCUUCAAGAGCUUCGCCUCUGAUACUGACCCUGAAUUACAGGAUAAACUCCAGGACCUAGAAGAUCUCCACAUAAAUAAAUGUGCAAAAAAAUGCGCUCGCAAAUGCAGCACAUCAGAGGAUGAAUGGUGUCUCAUAGAGAACCCAGAAGAAUCUUUGAAGGAGUUGAGGACAGAUGUGGGGCGCUGGUACAAGGCGUAUAGCAUCCAAGAUGUGUUUAAGGUACUGUCGCGUGAAGGUACAAAUAGUUACAGAUUGGUCGCCGGCAACACUGGAAAAGGCGUAUACCCAAUAUCAUUGGAGCCCAAGAUCUUAAUAGACAUAUCGUCGAUAGAAACUCUAAAACUGGUGCAGUCUGAUGAGAACCUGAUCCUGGGCGCUGGCAUGUCCCUCACUGACGUCAUGAAGACCUUCCAGAAGUGGAGCAAGCAGAACCAGGACUUCAGCUACCUGGAAACUCUGUAUAAACACCUGGAUUUAGUUGCACAUGUACCUGUGAGAAAUGUGGGAACUAUAGGAGGGAAUCUAUCUUUGAAGAACCAAUUCCGCGACUUUCCCUCCGAUGUAUUUUUGAUUUUAGCAACAGUAGGAGCUACUAUUACAGUAGUUAAUAAUGACCUUAGUAAAGUGGAAUUGAAAACUAAAGAGUUUCUAACAGCAAACUUGAAAGACAAACUGAUAUGUGAUGUGAAGCUACCUCCUCUAUCGAAGAGUAAUCUCAUCAGGACUUAUAAGAUAAUGCCGCGCGCCCAAAACGCACACGCCAUAGUCAACGCCGGUUUUCUUUUCAAACUGGAUACAGCCAAAAAUAUCAAGUCUGCAAACAUUAUUUAUGGAAACAUCAGUCCUACGUUUAUUAAAGCGACACAGACAGAAAGCCUGCUCGUUGGACAGAACUUGUUUACCAAUGAGGUGUUGUUGAGAGCUCUCAAGAAGUUGGAAGAAGAGAUAGUUCCAGUGGAGAUGCCAACGGAACCUUCUGUAAGCUGCAGGAAGAGCUUGGCUUUGGGAUUGUUCUACAAGGCAGUACUAUCACAUUUCUUGGACGUGAACCCCCGGUAUAAGUCUGGAGGCGGUAUGUUGGAGCGGCCCGUGUCGCGAGGCACACAGAGCUACGAGACAGACAAGACAUUAUGGCCGCUCAAUAAACCGGUUCCUAAACUUGAAGCACUUGCACAGUGUUCCGGUGAAGCUAGAUACGUGUGUGACAUAAACAAUGGCCUGCGAGCAGUGCACGUAGCCUUCGUGCUGUCCACCGUCUGCCGAGCCGAGCUGGAGCAUUUCGAUGCUACCGAGGCGCUGAAAAUUCCAGGAGUCGUUGCCGUCUUCAGCUCCAAGGACAUACCAGGAAGGAACUCCUUUACUCCCAAUGAGGUUCCUUGGAUGGCACUCGACGAAGAGAUCUUUGCGUCCAAGAAUGUUUACUACUACGGUCAGCCAAUAGGCGUUGUAGCAGCCGUUUCUAGAAGAACAGCAUUAGCUGCUGCAGAGCUGGUCAAAGUGAAGUAUAAGAAGCUGGCUGGCAAACCUGUCCUGACUAUUAAGGACGCUUUGGAAUCACCUGAUAAGGAGAAAAGACUCCGUAAAGACGCAGCAAUAGAACCGACUUCCAAAGGCACUGACAUCCAGCACACAAUAACUGGUACCUUCAACGUUCCCUCGCAGUACCACUACACCAUGGAGACCCAGAGCUGUUCCACGCAGGUCACGGAGAACGGGCUGGUGGUCAGGUCAUCCACCCAGUGGAUGGACCUCGUGCAUGUAGCUGUGUCCAAAGCACUCAAUAUUGAUGAGAACCGCGUUCUAGUGGAAGUGCCAAGAGUGGGCGGGGCGUACGGUGGCAAGGCGUCACGAUCGGCACUGAUAGCUUGCGCGUGCGCACUAGUCGCUCACAAGCUGAACAGGAGCGCUACACUUGUGAUGCCUCUCACACAAAACAUGCAAGCUAUCGGCAUGCGCAGUGCUUGCGAAUUCCAGUAUGAGUGUGGAGUCAACAAUGACGGUGUGGUGCAAUACCUGAACGUCACCUACUACUCCGACAGUGGGUGCUCGUACAACGACUCCGCGGGAGCUGAUAUAGCCUCGUCCAUCACCAACCUGUACUCCACGGACACCUGGAAGGUCACAGGGUACAGUGUUCUCACUGAUAAAGCGAGCACCACCUGGUGUAGAGCGCCUUCAACGACGGAAGGCAUCGCCUUCGCAGAACACAUAAUGGAACGAAUCUCACACGCCACAAAGAAGGACCAUGUCGAAGUAAGACUGAACAACCUAUCACCGAAACACGACACCGUCAGAGAAAUGAUCUCAUCGUUCAAAAUGGAGACUAAUUUCGACGACAGAAAAGUUGAAAUUACAAAAUUCAACCAAGAAAACGCUUGGAGGAAACGUGGAUUGAAACUGUCCAUCAUGUCUUAUCCUAUAGGAUACUCCUGGAACUUCCCUGUGACGAUAUCGGUGUACCAUGCUGAUGGUACGAUUGCUAUUUCUCAUGGGGGUAUCGAAAUGGGGCAAGGUAUCAACACAAAGAUUGCCCAAGUGUGUGCCUAUGCGUUAAAAGUUCCUCUAGAGAAAGUGAGUGUUAGAGGGAGUAACAGCUUCGUGUCUCCAAACUCCAUGGCCUCUAAUGGCAGCCUCACCAGCGAUUCGGUUGCUUACGCUACUCUAAAAGCCUGUGAAGAUCUCAAUAAGAGGCUAGAACCAGCUAGAAAAGAACUGAAUGAACCGACAUGGGAGCAAGUUGUCAAUCAGGCCUACCAAAAAGGAAUAAACCUUCAAGCGACAUACAUGACGUCACCAAACGACGGUCUCGUCGGGUACAAUGUGUACGGCGUGUGCGCAGCCGAGGUGGAGCUUGAUGUGCUGACGGGGAACCACAUAGUGAGGCGGCUGGAACUCCUCGAGGAUACGGGAGUCAGCAUGAGUCCGGAGAUCGAUGUGGGACAAAUUGAAGGAGCCUUCGUUAUGGGCUUAGGUCUGUGGACUUCAGAAAAGCUGGUCUUCGAAAAAUCUUCUGGCCGUCUUCUGACGAACAGGACCUGGACCUACAAACCACCUGGAGCCAAGGAUAUUCCAGUAGACUUCAGAAUUAUGUUCAGAAGAAACUCCAGUAACCCUGCUGGGGUACUGAGAUCCAAAGCGACUGGUGAACCAGCUCUCACACUAGCGGUGGUAGUGACACACGUGCUGCACGACGCCAUUGUCGAAGCGCGCUCAGAGUUCGGAUACAACAACACAGACUGGCUGUUUAUCGAGUCACCGUACUGCAUAGAAAACAUACUCAAAGCGAUAUCACAUAAAAUAGAAAGCUUCAAACUAACGUAAUGUAACAAUGGACGACUCUACAACCGGCCAGCGAGCUCAAAAUUAACAGAUUUGUAAUCUUAUUACAACCGGAUUAAAGUUGAUAAUUGAAUAAAGACAUCUGGAAAUAGUUGGCGCAGUUUAUAGGGCUACGUACCUAUUUGAUUCUAGGGAGAUAUUUUAACCAUAAAUUGAUAAGGUUAUAAGUUUAUAGUAAUAAGGAUUCUUGUAAAGAGUAUUAUUUAAUAAAUUGUAAUAAGUA